AUGACUUCACACGGCCUCGUGCUUCCUCCAACGGAGAGUUGGAAGGGUGACGGCGAUGACAGUCCUAACUUCCGAAGCUUGGGCAAACUAUCUCCACCUGUGAUGCGCAAGAUUGAGCCAUUCGGGGCGCAAUUCCUUGCUUACGCUCGCCGCAAGCGUCAUGGGCGUACUUUCUCCGAGGAUCAACGUCUCGAAGCCCUCAAAAAGGUGAAGAAAUCCGAGGACGACGAUGACGGCGAGAUCAGUGAACCAGAAGAUCCCUUGAUGCUGGCGAGAGAUGCGAAGGACUGGAAGGGACAAGACCACUACGCCGUCCUCGGCCUCUCCAAAUACCGCUACAAAGCCACCGACGAGCAGAUCAAGAAGGCGCACCGCAAGAAGGUCCUCAAACAUCAUCCAGACAAGAAGGCCGCGGCUGGCCAGAGUGACGAGAACGACAGCUUCUUCAAAUGCAUUCAACGUGCCCACGAGAUCCUGACUGACCCAGUCAAACGUCGUCAGUGGGACUCCGUUGACGAAGCCGCUGACGUCGAGCCACCAACCAAGAAAGACAUGCAAAAGCCAGGAAACUUCUACAAGAAAUGGAACGCCGUGUUCCAGAGCGAAGCCAGGUUCAGUAAGAAGACCCCUGUCCCCAUGCUCGGCGACGAGAACAGCACGCGCGAGGAAGUGGAGCAAUUCUACGAUUUCUGGUACAACUUCGAUAGUUGGCGCACGUUUGAGUAUCUGGAUGAAGAUGUCCCGGAUGACAAUGAAGGACGAGACCACAAGCGACACAUUGAGAAGAAGAACGCGAACGCUCGACGCAAGCGCAAGACCGAGGAUACGGCACGUUUGAGGAAGCUUGUGGACGACUGCCUCAGCUACGACGAGAGAAUCAAGAAGUUCCGCAAGGCCGCCAGCGCAGACAAGAACAAGAAGCGGCUGGAGAAAGAGGCUGCUGCCAAGCGCGAGGCCGAAGAGAAGCAACGUGCUAAGGAGGAGGAAGAACGCAAGAAGAAGGAGGAAGAAGAAAAGUUAAAAGCGGACAAGGAAGUGGCCAAGAAGGCGAAAGAGGCAGCUAAGAAUGCGGUCAAGAAGAACAAGCGCGUCGUCAAGAGCAGUGUCAAGGACGUGAACUACUUCUCGGCGGGAGAGGCGUCUCCCAAGCAGAUCGACGAUGUGUUGAACGACGUGGACAAGCUACUCGCCAACGUUGAUCCCGACGAGCUGGCUGAGUUGGUCUCCAAACUCAACAUUGCCGGAAAGGACGCAGCAAAGGUCAAGGAGGUUUUCUCGGAGACCACGGGUGGCUUGGUUGGUGGCGGGAAGCUCAAGGAGAGCGACCUGAAGGUCUUGAAAUGA